ACACGACUGUCGCAUGCAGAGUCGCAUGUGUCGUCAGUAAGCGGCAGGACGUGUUCCAAUCAUUACUCGCACAUUUGUAAAUAUUGCACCGUACAAUACCAGCAUUACACGCAAUUAAACGCCGAUCAAAGACAUAACACACAUAAUACCGCGAGACGCGCAACAAUAAAGCAUCACUUGUCUGACGGACGCGCAAGAAGUGGAAAGCCGCUUGCGAGUGGAAUAAUAGUACGCGCGCGAGCUUCGAAUUGAAAUUGAAAUUUUCGGCUUGUGGUUUGUCCACACCGCGUUAGUUGGAAGUUAGUUGUCCGGUAGACAAGUCGGUUUGUACCGUCGGGUUUAUUUAUAUAUUAACAACGUAUAUAUAUAUAUUAAAAAAUAUAUAGAAGAAUAAAACUUCAGUGAUUUUUAUCUUUAUCGACUUAUAUCCGCACCAAAAUGAAGAGUAAAAUAUAUUUUGGAUUUUCGAUUCUUGUGUUAGCAGUGGUUUCCACUCAGUCUUUGAUACCAAAGAAUAAUUUACAUGAUUGUCCAAAUUGUGUAGACGACACUAAAGAACUUCCCACGAAUAGAUGGACAAUGCCACUGUUGAAAUAUGGCGAAAAACGAUAUUAUCUAGGAAUAUUUUUUAAGGCGAAUUACUUUAGAGCAACACAAUACUGUCGUUUCCACGGCAUGCAUUUGGCCAGUAUAAACUCACAAGAAGAAAACGAUCGUUUGGAAAAGUACAUCAAAGAUUUCGGUUUGGGCCAUGAGCAUUUCUGGACUUCCGGCACUGAUCUCGCCCAGGAAGGCUCUUUCUUCUGGAUGUCAACAGGCAGACCCAUCACAUUCACGAAUUGGAAUGCCGGAGAACCGAAUAAUUUCCAGUACGAGAACGGCGAGGAAGAGAAUUGCAUGGAAUUGUGGAAUCGCGAUGGCAAAGGAUUGAAAUGGAACGAUUCGCCAUGCUCGUUUGAAACUUACUUCGUUUGCGAAGCGCACGACUCGUGAUUCUCGGAACGUUUUACAUCACAAGAGACGCGCAAAAUCGAAUUUAUUUCUCUUGCAUUAGAAGAGGAAAACAUUAUGUUAUGAGAAACUUUAUUAGGGUGGUUCUACCCCUUCUUCUUUACACGCUGAACACACGUACCGAUUGUUAAUUAAGUGUAGAUGUAGAUUAUUGUAAUUAUGUUGUACUUAUGAGUAGAAUUUUAGGAACACACAGACUUGUACAUAACUGUAGUCGACAUAUGUUUAAAACAACGCAUCCAAAAUGAUUCUUUGUAUAUUUUUCUAACGUACUUGUAUGUUGAAUGUACUUUUGUAAUAUAAAUAAUAGAUUUUUGUAUUUAUUAAAACAAAAAGAACAAAAA